AUGGCGAGGCCUGCCAUUGAACGUCUUGUCCAUCUGUGGCUUCCUGCCGCGCUUGCCAUGCAGGAUGAGUUCCGUGGCACCGACACGCAGCUCGUGCAGGCGGCGGUGAAGCCGAACGCGGGAUGCCGCACCGUUGUCGCGGGCGAUCCGUGCUACGAGAAGGUGGUGUGGGCGAUGCAGAAGGGUGCUGCAGCGCACCCGGAGUGGUAUUCCCCUCUCACAGUGAACUCAACCUUUGAGGAGUUCCAGCGGCACUUGCACGGCACCGCCAGGCUGUCCAGUGUGUGCCCAGCGCCCUGUGAGAAAAAGACCUGGCACCGUGAACGUGGGCCAUCAAGGGUUGUCCACGUCAACGAAAGCAGCCAGGCGCGGGUCGGGGCGUCAGAGGCGUCAUGGACUAAGAUAUACCAAAUCCAGGAUGGAUCCAGGGGGACGCAUUCUUUUCCUCUGACAACGGGGGCCUAUGGAGACAUUAACUCGGCAGUGGGAUCAAGCCAUGCGAAGCUUUCCGACGCGGAAAUCAACGCCAUGGCCACGGCGCGGGACGGCUACUCUCACAUCUACCAAAUCAAGAGCUCAGAUUGCUCUUCGUAUCUGUACGUCAAGACGAACGAUGCGUACCAAGACAAUCAUCGGUCGUUCGGCGUGACCAAAACUAAUACGUUGGUUGGCCUGGGAUCCUCAUACGAAACGGUGUCGACAUGGGCCACUUUACCAUCCACUUCGCACGGCAUAGACCUGCUGUACACAACCCCGAAUCUCGGCGGGGAGUCAUGUUGCCGGUAUUUCUUCGGGCAUUCGCAAACAGACUGCUGGAGUGGCCCCAGCGGUUACCGCUGCGUGAACGGUGGCUCCGAUUGCUCUGGCUACAAGAAGUUGGAGGAUGUCGUGUUCUACAUCUACGGGACGAGCUCGACGCCGAAUCCGACGCCGUACCCGACGCCGUACCCGACGCCGUACCCGACGCCGUAUCCGUCGCCAGCCCCGACGCCGUCUCCGACGCCAAGCCCGACGCCGUCUCCGACGCCGCAUCCGACGCAAGCCCCGACGCCGUCUCCGACGCCAAGCCCGACGCCGUCUCCGACGCCGAGUCCUACGCCAGCCCCGAUUAGUGGAGGCGCGGCUGCAGCAAGUGGAGGCGUGGCUGCCACAGGCGAUCCUCAUUUGCAUAACAUACAUGGUGAGCGGUUUGACCUGAUGAGGCCUGGUAAACAUGUUCUGCUGAAUAUUCCACGGAAAGAGCGCCUUCAGGACGCCUUGCUUCGUGUAGAGGCCGAGGUAAGCCGAUUGGGUGGGCAAUGCGCAGACAUGUACUUCCAAGAACUGAAUGUCACAGGUGCGUGGGCGGAGGCGAAGCAGACUGGUGGUCUCCGUUUCCGAGCUGAGGGUGCGGACGACGAACCCCCGAAGUGGCUAAAGCUCGGGCAGGUAGAGCUGAAAGUUGCCCAUGGGAGCACUCUGCACGGCAUCCGGUACUUGAAGUUCUACGUCAAGCACCUUGGCCGUAUCAAGUAUCGUAUUGGAGGCUUGCUUGGAGAAGAUGAUCACACGGAGGCGGCGACGCCUUUGGAGUCUUGUGUUCACCGCCUUUCACUUCUUCAAAUUCCGGCUCCGACUGAUCAGAGUGUUUCUAGCGUCUCGGUUGCAGAGGCAAGUUCCGCAUGA